AUGACGGCCACCGCUACAAAGCAGUCGGCAGAGAUUGUGGACCUCAAAAAGAACGUUGCCGACGCCAACGCACUCGCCAUAAAGCGACUAAGCGACGCCGACCGCGUUAUAUCGCGGGCCAGAGGGAUGACGCAGCGUUUCGAGGCGCCUGAAGACACUCGUACCAACCUUCAGAUGGUGCUCGCAAUCAGUCCGGACAAUCCCAAGGCGGUCGAUGAUCGCUGGUAUCGUCACCUAGCAAAAGGCAUGUCGUCACUUGGUCCGUUAGAGACGAUCCGCGCCGAGCUUCGUCGAGUCGGCAAGGAUAUCCCCUUGAAAGAGCUUGGUAACACUAUCAAAGAACUCGUCGACACCGUCGAAGCCACCAAGCAACCCAGCGACGACGGACGAGAGUUCGCGAUUACCAUGGCCAUGCAAGGACGCCUGGACUUCUGGAGCACACACCACAUGCUGUUACCAGUAUUUACACUGAUCGCUCACCGCCGGCACAUGCCAUUGGUCACUGGUAUAAGAAGCCGAAGUAUGGCAGAACUACAACGCAUCGAUAAGAACGGUGACUACCGUUACAUCGAUACGCUGUUUGACAACAUUGGACGAAGCAGAAAGAUCAAAGACAUCGCCAAGAUUCCUGCCGACCUAGUUGACCGCCACCGCAACGAGCCUGACGCCGAUCAACGAGUAUACACGUUCAGCGACGAUACCCAAGAGCUUCAAGUACAACGCCCGGGGCAGUACCAAUCCACCCAGUCCCCCACCGAAAGCUCCACCAAGUCCUCUACCCACACACCGCCCUACACAAUCCUUUACCGAACAAGCAGUCAUUUCCUCUCCCUUCACAGGAUCCGUUACCGAUCGUCAGAUACAAUCACCUAUAAGGCACCCUAA